AUGGACACAACACAAGAUGCUACUGGUGAUGUAGCAUAUAAUUCAAAAGACUGGAUUGAUGUGCUAGGGAAUGGGCUGUUGAAGAAGAAAAUUCUAAAAUAUGGCAACGUUAAACUUGAAAGACCUGGAAAGGGACAGAAUGUGAAAAUCUGGGUGAAGAUAAUGCAUGAAAAUGGAGACGUCAUACUGGGCCGCCAAAGGCUGUCAUUCACCAUAAAUGGAACAGAUGUCGUUAAGGCCCUGGAGCUCUGUGUGCCCCUUAUGUACAUACAUGAAACAGCACUGAUUCUCACUGAUUCCAAAUUCUGUUCUGGACGAGCUUCCAGUGAAGCAUCAGAAGUGAAACCAGGAUCCAGACUCCUCCUCGAGGUUCACCUCCUGUCAGCCAGUGGAACUCGGCUAGAGGUGAAGCCCAUGGCAGAGCAGCUAAAUAUGAUCAGGCAUGAGCGAGAGAAAGGCAAUCGCUAUUUUCAGACCAAGAAUUAUAAGCUGGCAAUUAUUUGCUACACUUGUGCUUUGUCAAUUAUAGAUGCAAAUGCUAAAGAUGUCCUCGACUAUGAAGAUGAGAAAAGUUUUCUUGAUGAGAAAGUGAAAUGUUACAGUAAUAUUGCAGCUUGCCACCUGAACAUUGGAAACUUAGAGGAUGCAUUUUCCUACUGCGACAUGGUUUUGCAGCAUCAGCCUCAGCAUUGCAAAGCUUUAUUCAGGAAGGGCAAGGUGCUUGAACUGCAAGAGAAGUAUUUCCUCUCUAUCAAAUUUCUUAGAAAAGCUUCACAAGUGGAGCCUGCAAAUCAGGAAAUUGAAAGGGAAAUGAAGCUUGUUUUUGACAAAUGGGCAGAAAAAUCCGAAGGUACCAGCAAUGCUAAAACAAUGAAUACAUGUCCACUGUUCUUGGCUGAAGAUAGUAAGGUUGAUAAAACAAAGAAUCAUUCAGAAACACAGGAAACGCCAGAAGAUUGCCAAGAGAUUUAAAGAGCUGCUGAACCUUUCAGAGGCUGAUUUCGAUUCUCAGAUGUAUUCUGAUUAUACGUUAGGAGAUUCAUCUACAUCCCUUAAAGGUAUUAUCGUGUCCAGAUCGAAAAAACUAGAAGUUCCUAUUAACACCAUGCUUAAAAUAUUUGUGUGAUAUGCCUGUCCACUCCUGUUAUUUAAUUUUGACUUGUCCAAUGCUCCAAUUAAAACAAUGGACAAUGGAACAUCUUACAAAAUGUCCAGUCUGCCCAUUGAUAUGGCCAUUAGCAAUAUCUAGCUCACAAUCCAUGAAGAAGUCAACUAUUAAGCUGUUAUUUAAAUCCACUGACCGGAAUCUACAACUGAAGUUAGUUGCUAGAUGAAACAACAUUCUUUAAUUGACUUGAAUUGAACACCUUCUCAUGUGGCUCACACGUCUUGCUUCUGCACUCAAUAUCUCAUCAAGAGGAAAAAGGAAGAGAAAGGGAGACAAAGAAAGAAGGGGCACAGGCCUGAACAAUAAAUGUUGUAUGCAAUAGAUUUUUAUUUAAUGAAGUGGAAAUGUACCUGUUCCUGGUUGGAGUUUAUCUAUAGCUGUAUGGUUGGUUCACAUAUGUAGUAUUCUGAAUAUAAUUUCUUCACAUCUAUUAAUUGCCAUAUAAUUCCAUGUCAUUUAUUCAGUCAUUCCUAAGUAACUCAGUGCCAGUUGCUUAAUCAUCUAUUCUGUUCCCUGCAAUUUAUUAAGUCAUCUCUGAACUGUGUCAGGUACCCAGUAUUCUCUGUGCAGCACUUAGGCAUACCCACUUAACGGGCUGAUGUUUUUAAAAGUAUUUUCUUUUAAUCCAUGCUCACACCAAAUUCCUAAGGGUCAUUUGGUGUAUGUAUGUCCAACCACGUUUCUAAACAAAGCUGUGAUUUAUUUUAUACAUUAAUUAGGUUCACUGAUCCUGAAGACAGUGUAUGCAUUUUUUAGGUUCACUGAUCCUGAAGACAGUGUAUGCAUUUUACAUCAAAAUAAUGCAGUUCCUUUCUGUAAAGAGCAUGUUCAUGACUGGUGUAAAUAUUUAAAUAUACCACUAUGUUGAAUUUAGUAAAAUAUAUUUGGAAUUCUUCCUA